AUGGCAGCAGCCACGGCACCCUCGUCUGCAUCCCUGCCAGCGGACCUCGCCGCGGUCCACUCGAGCUUCCUCCGAUCCAACCGCGAAAUCCACAGCUUCCAGCUGCCACGCUUACACUCGUGCUCCACAGCCGCCGCCCUCGCAGACUACGAGUCCGAGGUCAGCGCUUCCAUAGACGGCCUCAAGCGAACGCUCCUGGACCUCGAACUCGCCAUCGACGAUGCCGAAACAUCACGCGAGCGAGACCCACUCGCAACCAUCGUCAGACAACUUAAAACCGAGCUCGAAACAACAAGACAGGCGACGAGAAAGGCGCUCAUCGCCGCUCGCCGCAACGUCGAAAACUCUCGUACCGCAUCGGCCCGCGAGGGUCUUAAGCUGGCGGCCGACAGCGCAAAAGAGCGCACCGGUGGCCGCGGCGGAGGGUCAAGCGGCGAGGACAAGCUCAUGACAACGUCGCAAGACGUCACGGACGCGUUGCGCCGUACCGUGACGCUCAUGUCGGCCGAGCUCGAGAAGUCGGCGCUGUCGUCGUCGCUCCUCGAAGAGUCGUCGCAGACGCUCACCACGCUCUCGUCGCAGUACGGCUCGCUCUCGACGCUCAUGGCCAACUCGGCGCACAUCAUCAAGACCAUGGAGCGCGAGGACCUGAUCGGCAAGGGCAUCCUCGCCGCUUCCAUGCUCUUCUUCCUCGGCUGCGUCGCCUAUAUUCUCUACGUCCGCCUCGUCAGCCGCGGCUUCGGCAUCCUGGCCUUUUUCUGGCGGAUACUUGGCCUUGGCAGGCUGUUCGGCGGCGGCGGAGGCGUUCGGUCGGUCGACGAUAUCAAGGAGAAGAUCGACAUGCUGGAGACGGCGGCAGCCACGACAACAGCGUCACUCGGCAAGGCGGUCAAGGAAGCGGUACGAUCGAUGCCGCCAUCGCUGGCGGCCACCGCCAUCACCUCGGCCGCCAUGGCGGGCGCCACAAAGACAGCGGCCGCCCCCUCCCACGAGGCAGAGGCGGUGGUCGAGGAGGCGGUCUGGGACGGCCACGGCCGGCUCAAUGACCUGAGUGCUAACCCGCUGGUCGACAGUGUGGAGCCAGCGGGCCCCUUUGGCGGCGAGGCGUCCAACCCGACUCGACAGUACACACGCCCGACGGAGCGGGUGGAGCUCUGA